AUGAGCGCACUCAAUGAAACAAAUUUAGUAAUAAACAUCGAAAUUAAGAAAAAUGUCACCAUAAAUCGGGGAAAAAUUGUCUCAAUGGUAAACAACAAACCACUUGUGAGACUGCAGAUGAAAAAUCCAUGUGACCACCUAUUCAUGAAGACAUUGUUUCAAACUAUACUGAACGUUACUCAGAAUUGUAUAUUUAUAAAGUCAAAAAAUGUUCUAAAUAUAGAUAUUGCUGAAGUAGCGAAAAAAUACUAUGGAGGAAUGUUUUUAUAUGGAAAUAUAACUUUUAAAUCUGUAUUUUACAACGAUGAAUGCAACUUCUCCUGCACCAUUGUUGAAGUUGCCCUAUCUCCUAGGAAGAAUAAAAAAACAAAAUAA